AUGUCGGCGCCGCUGAACAAGGUCUGGCAGCAUCCAGACGUUGCUGCCACCGCGAUCGAGGCCUUCCGCCGUCUUGCUAAUGAAAGACACCAUUUACAGCUGAAUGACUAUCAUGAUCUAUGGAAGUGGUCGACUGAGAGCUUGAAUAAUUUCUGGAUGCUCGUGUGGGAGUUUACAAAGGUCAAGGCCUCGGUUCAUCCAACUUAUGCCAUCGCGACGUCCGAAGUCAAUCAGCUCACGCCAACACCGACGUGGUUCCCGGAAGCCAAAUUGAAUUUUGCCCAAAACAUCCUCGAGGCUGCCUAUCGCGAUCCGCAAGACGCGGACACGCCUAUCCUGACGUGGGUUGGGGAAGGAGGAGACCUAGUCGAGCAUGUCUCUCUCCCUGGGCUUCGCCGUCGCGUCGGACUUUUGGCAAAUGCUUUGAGGCGCGCGGGUGUGCAGACUCUAGACCGUGUCGCCUGCGUCGGCUCAAACAGCAUCAACACAUUUACCGUCUUGGUGGCAGUGGCGUCGAUUGGCGCCAUUUUCACCUCUUGUUCCCCCGAGGUCGGCGAACGGGCCAUCUUGGACCGCUUCCUCCAAGUUAAGCCCAAGGUCUUGUUCGCCGACGACUGGGUCGUUUACAACGGCAAGCGGAUUCCCUACUUUGACAAGGCAAUGGCGGUGGCCGCUCGUCUCAGAAAGGAAGCCGGCUGCCAGGAAUUAGUCUUGAUGGCGCGAUAUGGAGACAAGCCCCGAGCUCGCCAGGAUGGCGAUGUGUUCCACACCCUCGAGUCUUUUAUCGUAGGCGUGUCGGACGACCUCACGUUUGAACAACUGGCAUUUUCACACCCGCUCGUGAUCGUCUACUCGUCCGGAACCACCGGCCAACCCAAAUGUCUGGUUCAUACGCUCGGGGGUGUGCUACUCAAGCAAAAGCUGGAGCAGAUCCUAUGCAUCGACAUGAAUAAAAGCAGUGUUUACUUGCAAUACACAACCACGAGUUGGAUUAUGUACCUCUACUCCGUCUCCGGGCUACUCAGCGGGGCAAGAUCGAUCCUAUACGAUGGCUCACCGGUCAAGCCCAGCCCCCUACGGUUCCUCAAAGUCCUAGCCGAUCAAGGAGUCACACACUUUGGCACGAGUGCCCAUUAUCUAUCUCUCCUGGAGCAAGCUGGAAUCACCAAGGGUGACGUGUCCGGCAUCAACCGCCUGAAGGUCAUUACUAGUACCGGCUCAGUCCUGAUGGAGCCACAAUACUACUGGGUAUAUAAGACGUUCGGCCCGGUUCAACUCAGCAGCAUAGCCGGAGGAACCGACAUUGCAGGAGCUUUCGUCGGAGGUACACCCAAUCUACCGGUAUAUGCGGGCUGGUGCCAAGCGCGAACACUGGGGAUGAAAGUGCAGAUAUAUUCUGACGACGGCAAGCCCAUUGAGGCCACGGGCGAGCCCGGUGAGCUUGUUGCCACGGCGCCAUUCCCUUCACAGCCAGCCUUCUUUUGGGGUGACGACGGCGGUAAACGGUACAAGGCGGCGUACUUCGAGACAUUCCCCGGCAUUUGGCAUCAAGGGGACUACAUUCGUAUGGACCCUCAAACUCAAGGCAUACAGUUCCUCGGUCGGAGCGACGGUGUCCUUAACCCCUCAGGUGUCCGUUUUGGGAGCGCAGAAAUCUACAACUCGCUGAGUGUCUUCUCCGAAAUUGAGGACAGCCUAUGCAUCGGACAGCGCCGGCCCCAGGACCGCGACGAGCAGGUCUUGCUCUUCUUAAAGCUGAAACCUGGCCACACCUUAACACCCGAGCUCAAAAAGGCCAUCAAUGACCGCAUCCGGCAAGACCUGAGUCCCAGACACGUCCCCAAAUUCACCUUUGAGACCCCUGAGAUCCCCAUUACCGUCAACGGGAAGAAGACAGAAUUACCGGUCAAGAGAAUUGUUUCGGGACAGAAGAUCACCCCGAGCUCGACCAUCAUUAAUCCGGAGUCGUUGAGAUGGUAUGAAAAGUUCGCCUAUCUUGACAGUAAAGGUUCAACGACGGCUUCAUCCAAGCUGUAG